CCCCACACUCCCAUUCCUUCAGCGUCCUUUCGGCCUCCUGCUCCCCCUCCUCUUCCCUGCAUUCCCUCCUCUUCACCUAACCACCAUCCUUCCUUUAACCACCAAGCACCCGCCUUCCUCUUACUCUUGUCUUCACUUCACGUCCGUCUUACAGCCAUCAUGAAGUUCUCUCUCUGCAUCCUCUCUGUAGUGGCCGCGGUCGCUUGCGCUGCCACCGACGUCGCGACUCAGCAAAAGGUCUACAAGUCUUACACCUCCCCAGACUUUCCCAGGGACUCUGUUGACAUCCAGUUCCGCCAGCAAAAGAACAAAGACUCAUACUAUGAUGCCCUCAAGACCUUCAACAACCUGAUCUUGCCCAAAGAGUUCCCAGAGUCGGCCCUCCCUCUCGCCAUUGUCACGCCCUCAAAGGCCAACAACAAGGGACUGGAAAAGGCCAUCAAGGUCGCCUCGCAGUUUGGUCUCCGCGUCUCUGCGCGCUCGGGCGGUUAUCAGUCUGGAUACUCUUCCAAUAUGGCUGCUGUCGAUAACAACCGCGAGGACUUUGUUCUCCUGGAUCUCUCCAAACUUAACAAGGUCACCAUUAAUCCCAAGGCUCGCACCGCCACCGCUGAGCCUGGUACUACUGGCUUGGAGCUCUACACCGAGGCCAUCAAGUAUGGUCUCCAUUUUGCUGGUCCUCACACCGCCCGUGUCACCAUCGGUGGUUUCCUUCUCCAGGGAGGCAUGGGUAUCGGCUCUCGCCUGCACGGCGCUGGUGUCGACAAUGUCAUUGGUUUCGAUAUCAUCACGGCCGAUGGCAAGACCGUUUAUGCCGAUGCUAAGCAUAACAAGGACCUCUUCUACGCUGUCCGCGGUGGCGGACAGUUCUUUGGCGUGGUCACCAAGUUUCAUUUGCGCCUGGUUCCCAUGGUCAAGAACCCUACCUUGGUUCCCACCUACAACGAGACCUCUGUCCAAAUUGACCAGGUCUUUGCCAUCUUUGAUCGUCCCCAAGGCAACCAGCUCUUGAACUUUUACAGCAAGUUCGAUCCCAAGGCUCCCAAGGCCCUUGAAAACAAGGUUGUCUUCACCGUCGAUGCCGCGACUAAUGCUAAGCAGUACCUCUUUGCUUCCGUCUCGGCUGCUCCCUUCAACACGUCCUCUGCUGUCACCAAGGCCCAGGCUGAUAUCACCAAGUGGUACAAGACCCUACCCACCAACUUUGCCACCUCGGACCCUAGCACCUAUGGCGGUGUCAUCCACGGCUCCGAUGCUGGCUGGGCUGAUUCUGACCUUUCGUACUAUGCGGAGGACUUGUGGUUCCCCGUUCCUCUGGAUCCCCGUCUUCAGAAGGUCUUGAUUAAGCAAUGGGACAAGGUCCCCUCGGCCCUGUCCUCCAUGGCCCUCAACACCGGUACCUGGGAUGCGCCCACCAAGAGCGCUCUCGGUUAUGAUCGCUCAUACUCUCUCUGCAUUUACUCGACCUGGAAGCGCAACGGCACUGCUGCCUGGGAUGAGACGAACAGGCGCUGGGUGGACGAGACUGUCAAGGCCCUCAAGCCAUGGACCUUGGGUUACUAUGCCAACGAGCUGCGCCCCAAGAAACUGCAGGACCGCAACUACUGGAGCAAGUGCUAUGAAAAGAAGACUUACAAGACCUUGAAGACCACCAAGAACAAGUGGGACCCCGAGAACAUCUUCAAGAGUCUGUAAACCACUCUUAUAACAAGAUAAUCACAAAAAAAAAAAGCAAUUUUCAGCGACAGCAGGAUCUUUGCGCUGCAAGAGUGUCCAUAGACGGAUGAAGGUGCCUAUACCACAAUUCUCAAACUUCUAGACGAUAAUCACCAAAUAAAAACACACAUAAUAAUCUCGACA